AGAAGCAGCACAGGAUGCUUUACUCCUCUUCAGAUAAGGUUAUGUUACACUGUAUGUCUUGUUUUCUUUGUUUUGUAAAAACAACAUUUUAGAUUAGAAUGUGCCUUUAAAUUUUCUUUUUUUUAUUAUUAUCUAAAAGCAUUUGCAGGAGCAAGGGAAGAAAAACAAAAACGAGUGAAGAAUUUGUACAGGGUGGGACUCAGCUCACUUGAAGGCAUUCAGCCUCUUCACAGUGAUUGAGGCAGACCAUGGCAGCUUUACUCAAGUGGGAUGAUCUGAUCUGUGAUAAAUACACAGGAAAGACAUUGUGUGAUGAUCAUGAGGAAAACUCUCACUUCACAGAAUCUCAGAGCAGUCUCAGAAACUUCAUGGAUAAAACAAAGCCUCAUUCUUGAGCAUCCACAAUUGCAGUCUUUGUUGUCUGAAUGAGAGGACACAUUCUUCUAGAGGGAUGACCCCUCAUCCCCCUGCUGGCCCUGGCAGUGCUGACACCAGCCCAGCAGCCGUCUCUCUCUCUCUGUCUCUUAUUGUCUUUUCUCUCUCAAAGGCCAGCAGCAGGAUAUCUGACUGAUACACAGUGUGUAAAUGGUCACGUCAAGGCGACGAGAGAUAGGUGGAAAAUUUCCUGAUGGAGUUGCUCAGACAUUGACUGCUGCUGGGACUAUGAAAAGAGAGGGAUAAACACCGGUAAGACAUGCCGAAGAGAAAGGACUUCCUGGCACUCGUUUUGAUUGUGUUACCAUGGACUUUACUCAUCACAUUUUGGCACCAACGUUCUGGCAACCCGUUGCUUCCAGUUCUGAAAGCUAACAGAACUGGGGUCGGUAAAGCUCACCAAAGAAGCUUUAGACUUCAUGAGCCCUGCAUCAUAAAGAACAAGCACAUCACUGAGAUCACCCGGAUGAAAUACGUCUACAGCCACUCUCUACCCUGGUCUGAUGCACUGCCAACUCUUCAUGUAAUAACUCCAACCUACAGUAGGCCUGUCCAGAAGGCAGAGUUGAUCCGCCUCACUAACACUCUCCUACACGUCCCCAAACUUCACUGGCUAGUGGUGGAGGACGCGGCACAGAGGACGGCGAUGGUGUCCAGACUGCUGGAGAACACGGGACUGAAUUACACCCACUUGAAUGUAGAGACUCCUUUGAAUCUCAAAGUGUUGAAGAAGCCCAAAAAUGCACGUAUUCCACGUGGAACCAUGCAGAGGAACCUGGCUCUCCGCUGGCUCAGGGAGAACAUCAACUCCAGCUCGGGUCAUAAAGGAGUUGUGUAUUUUGCAGAUGAUGAUAAUACUUACAGCUUGGAGCUGUUUGAGGAGAUGCGAUGGACUCGUAAAGCAUCUGUCUGGCCGGUCGCCUUCGUCGGAGGUCUCCGGUACGAGUCGCCAAAAAUCAAUUCUCAAGGCAAAGUGUUCGGCUGGAGGACGGUGUUUGACCCUCGUCGGCCUUUUGCCAUCGACAUGGCUGGGUUUGCAGUGAACCUUCAGCUCAUCCUCAGCAAACCUCAAGCCUACUUUAAGCUAAAAGGGGUAAAAGGCGGAUACCAGGAGAGCAGUUUGCUACAGGAUCUGGUCACUCUCAGUGACCUGGAACCCAAAGCCUCUAACUGCACAAAGGUACUGGUUUGGCACACCCGGACAGAAAGACCCUUGCUUGUGAAUGAAGGAAAAAAGGGAUUCACAAAUGCCAGCGUGGAAGUAUGAUGAACUGCUGUCAUGCAUUUUUUUAAUACCGAAGUAUCCUGUCAAAAUUGGACUAGCAGCAAGAAAGUAUUAUUCAGCACACUGAAUUUAAACUGUCCCCUUGUCAAAGACAGACUUGAGUGUUUGACUAAGACACUCUCACUAAAGGGCAACUCUUAAUUAAAAGGGAUUUAAUGGAAAUGUAAAGAGUCAAACUCUUGAAAGCUUCGCAACAACUUUAUUCCCAUGUCUUUUGCACAGAUUUUUGCCCUGUUUGCAGUCUGGAUUAGUCUAACUGCCAAAAGUCAGAGCCUACCAAUUUUAGGCAGUUAGAGUUAACCGAUUUUGCCGAAACUUGCAUGGUGGCCACUAACUCUGAUUUUUUAGCUUGAGACUAUAGAUGCGUCCCAAUUUGCGUACUUAUGCACUAUUCUAUGAAGUUUUUAAGUACAAAUAAGUACUUAAUUUCCAAAAAGAAAAAGUGCACUUUAAAUACCCGGAUGAUGCACUAAAUUAACGGAAAAAACAAAGUGUGGAAUGUUGGACACUUCAUGCACUCAACUGUCACAGAUUUAAUUACGUAGCGGAGGGGGAGGGGGUAUCGGACUCCGUUGUUAAAUGACAAAAUAACCUUUUACAUUUCACGUACUACAUGCAUGAGUACAUAGUGUAUAGUGCGUCAUUUGGGAUGCAACUUAUGAUUCAGUCUAGUUGGAAGAUAUCAAACAUGUUCGAUAUUUUGAGCCAAUUUUAGAAUGGAUAUCGUUUUCAUUUGUCACAAAUCUCCUAGCAACAAGGCACAUGUUUCUUCGUGAGUUUGUUGUGUUGGAACCAUAGAUAUAUAAACAUAGCUGCCUCAUUAUAUAUAAACAUAGCUGCCUCAUUAGUAGCUGUUUCUAUUGGCCACUGUAUGUAAGCACCGUUCCAAGAUGGCAGGCUGAUGUGUCUGGAGUGGUCGAAUGUGGCAUCUGUGUAUACAUAUAUCUAUAGUUGGAACGACUUGACAAUCUGGUAGUGUGUGAUCCUGCAAGUGUAUGAUGUCCUGUUUUUCUCUGUGAUCAUUUAUAAAUUAUGCAAAAUGUA